AUGGAUUCUCCGCAAUCAAAGCUGGCAGCUAGCUUGUUGCCCUAUCUGUUCGCCACGGCCGCCUCCCCGUCCAACGCAGCGUCUUCGAUCCACCAACUCUUUGCCGUUCCCUCAAACUCGACGAUUCACACCCCCGAUGGAAAUAAUGAGGACGAUAUGCACCAGUGGUCAUCCCUGAUCGGUAUCAUCACCGCGUUAUGUGGCAACGUUCUGAUUUCCUUGGCUCUCAACAUUCAACGCUACGCGCACAUCCGGAUCGCAAGAGAGUUCGAGCAGGAUAAGAGCCGGGUCGCGGAGAACGGAAAUAACCCCGCGGAGUCCCUGCGGAGAGGAAGAUCCCCAGGACAAUACCAAGAUUCGGAGGACGAGUUCGAGCCUUAUCGGGAUGACGACCACGAAGGACGAAACAGUACCUCGAGCUCGCGCGGAAGCGCUUAUAGCUUCGAGGGCAAGGAUGGGACAGAUGGGCGCAAGUCAUAUCUCAAAUCCCCGUAUUGGUGGGUCGGAAUCAUACUCAUGGUAGUGGGCGAGAUGGGCAAUUUUAUGGCCUAUGGCUUUGCCCCUGCGUCUAUUGUCUCACCAUUGGGCGUUGUUGCUUUAAUCUCGAAUUGCAUUAUCGCCCCAUGUCUGCUCAAGGAACAGUUUCGCAAGCGUGAUCUCUGGGGUGUACUUGUCUCUGUGGCGGGUGCUGUCAUCGUGGUUCUCAGUGCUAAGUCGUCUGAAGAGCAAAUCGGGCCUCAUGAGAUUUGGGUCAUGAUCACUCGCUGGGAGUUUGAGCUUUAUCUCGGUUUGACGAUUUCAUUGAUUGUCGGUCUCAUGUGGGCGAGUCAUCAGUAUGGCUCGCGAUCAAUUCUGAUUGAUGUUGGACUUGUGGCUUUGUUUGGCGGAUAUACGGCGCUUUCAACGAAGGGUGUUUCAUCUCUCUUGUCUGGCACGCUUUGGCAUGUGAUCACCUUCCCGGUGACAUACCUCCUUGUCUUUGUCCUCGUCUUCAGUGCUUUGAUGCAGAUUCGUUACAUCAAUCGUGCGUUGCAACGGUUUGAUUCGACCCAGGUGAUCCCGACGCAGUUUGUACUCUUUACACUAGCUGUGAUUAUUGGAAGUGCGGUCCUCUACCGCGACUUUGAAUCAAUAACCGCUGAGCGCGCCACCAAAUUCAUUGGCGGGUGUCUCUUGACAUUCUCCGGAGUAUACUUCAUUACAAGUGGCAGAGUUCGCGCCGAUGAUGAAUCUUCAUUCUCUUCGGACGACGAAGAAGGAUCAAUUGGGCUGUUGAAUGGUGAAAGAUACCGUGAUAGGAUUGAUUUAUCUCCACCCGGCCCUCAAAUUCCCAAAGCUUCACAUGUUUCCCCAGAAGGCCAUUAUGAUACAGCUCGGUCUCCACCGGGAUCUCUAUUGAGCCAAGGCAUCGAGGGAGUGGAUGAUGAUCAGUCGACCCCCAGAAAUGUUCUUUCCGUCGCUCCAUCUUCCCCCCGUGAAUCUCUGACUGCCGGGUCCCAUGCAUCUGGCCCGUCCUUUGACUUCACCUCCCCCUUACGGCCCCCUUCUCGGAUGUCGAACCCGUGGGCAGACAUUCAUCCGCAGGAUGGCCCGCCUCAACCCGAUGAUCUGGUCUUCCGCCCUUCAACCCCAACAGAACACAGUGAUACCACCCAGUCGACGGUUCUUCUGCGUUUCCCUCCUCCACCUGGCAUUGAGCAAACACCAGGAUCUAAUGGCGACGCCGGAUUUGUGCGACGUGCGUCGACCCCGACUUUGUUAACCCAAGCCAACCAAAAUGGACAAUCCGACGCUGUCCUCGAAACACCAUCACGACGGGCACUUCGCAACUCAAUCUCACAUCGUUUCUCCCCGGGCCCUCUCCUCCCCACAUUAUCCGGAGGUUUCACCGCCGUAAUUGCCGACUCAAUCCGACGCGGCGACGGCAGUCCUCUCAAAGACCGCUCAAGGCGGAGAUUAGGACGUCGACGACAAGUUGAUGGUGCUUUCACUGACCAACCCACCCUCGAUGGAAAUGACCCCGAAGCACCACUUUCCCUCGCAGCUGCGCGUCUCCAAUCCGCCACCGAUUCAUCCGAAGUCCACGCCGAAGCCGGCCGCUCAACACCAGGUCUAGCAACCGAAAUCUACACCUCGCCAACUAGCAAAGCUAACGAGGACGGCACCCGACUCCGCAGCUUCAGUGACUCUUGGAGUGGCGGCCUCGCAUGGUUGGGCGGUGCUCUCAGAAAACCACAGAACCAAUCCCAGAGUGCUGCUGUUACUGGAACGCCAACGCCCGAGAAUGAGAUACCUCCCGGUCCAAGUGACUCUCCACUCGGCCCUUCUGAUACUGCGCCUGAUGCUCGAUAA